UUAAAACCGUGUGCUGGUUGACAGUAGUACAUUAUUAGCAUGUCACAUGCAGCCAAAUGUAAUGUAAAAGAAGUUUAGAAGAGCGUAUGCCAUAAAAAAAUUAACAUUUUGAUUUCCCCAUGAAAACAAAAUUAGAAAUUCAACCUCCACGAUUCCCUACACAUUGUACUAUAACGAAUUCCUCAAGUUGUCUCCCAAAUUAUGUAAAAAUAAAAAUCAAUGUCUCUAGUUUAUUCAUCUGAACCACCAAGCAGCUCUUCCCUGGUUUUCCUCUCUCCUUCUUACUCUCUCUGUUCCUCACUCUUAGUCUCUCACACUUGUAUAUAAACCCUGGGUCAACAGACAACUUUGUUUCAUAUCAGGAGCUUGGUUUAUCUUUGAGCAAUUUAUCAGGGACACAAAAUCCCAGAUGGGUUUCAGGUGUGAAUGCCUGUUGUGUUUGUUUCUCAUAUUUUGGUUUGUGUUCUUGCAAGAAGCAAGUGCAAGGCAACCUUACUACAAUGUGACUAGAUUAAGCGGUAGAAAGCAAGUGAAUGGAUGCAAUUUGUUUCAAGGCAAAUGGGUAUUUGAUCCUUCUUAUCCUUUCUAUGACUCUUCAGGAUGUCCCUUCAUAGAUCCUGAAUUUGACUGCCUUAAGUAUGGCAGGCCAGAUAAGCAGUAUCUUAAGUACUCCUGGAAACCUGAUGCCUGUAGCUUGCCAAGAUUUAAUGGGGUGAGUUUUCUGGCAAAAUGGAAGGGGAAGAAAAUAAUGUUUGUGGGUGACUCACUGAGUUUGAACAUGUGGGAAUCUCUGGCAUGUAUGAUUCAUGCGUCGGUGCCCAACUCCAAGACCACAUAUGUUAGGAAGGACCCUUUGUCUUUUGUUGUUUUUGAGAAUUAUGGAGUGACUCUGUAUAUGUAUCGAACACCAUACUUGGUGGAUAUAGUUAGAGAAAAUGUUGGUGCAGUGCUUAAUCUAGGCUCCAUCAAUGGUGGCAAUGCAUGGAAAGGGAUGGACGUGCUGAUUUUCAACAGUUGGCAUUGGUGGACCCACAAAGGAAAAUCUCAAGCAUGGGAUUAUAUUAGAGAUGGGUCUGCAUUAUACAAAGAUAUGAACCGUUUUCAGGCGUACAACAAAGGGCUAACAACCUGGGCUAACUGGGUUGACAGCAAUGUUGAUACCACCAAGACUAAAGUCUUCUUCCAGGGCGUAUCUCCCACCCACUACGAGGGCAGGGAGUGGAACCAACCAAAAAAAAGCUGUUAUGGUGAACUACAGCCACUGUCUGGCUCUACAUACCCGGCAGGUGCUCCUCCAGCUGCUGCUAUUGUGAAAAAAGUUUUAAGGAUGAUGAAGAAACCAGUUUAUUUGCUUGAUAUUACAACGCUCUCACAAUUGAGAAAAGAUGCCCAUCCCUCGACCUAUAGUGGUGAGCAUUCGGGCAAUGACUGCAGCCACUGGUGUCUUCCUGGCUUGCCUGAUUCAUGGAACCAGCUUUUAUAUGCAGCUCUCGUUAUGUGAAGGUCCACAUUGGGCAACAAAGAAUUUAUCUCUUUUCUUCUUCAUACAAUUGUACAUUCAGGACGGUACUGAAAGUUCUCAUCUACUUUUGGUAGCUGUAACGAUGGAGCAAAGAUCGGUAGGUGAUAAUGAGGAUUGAGGGGGCAAAGAUCAACUGUAAAGUGAUUGAUUUUUUAAACCAAAAAUAAUUGCUUCAAGGUGGAAAAAAAAAUCUAAACAGAUGUUAAUCUUCGAAGAAUCUUGACCCUUGUCCAACAAUCACAUCAAAUUUCCAUAUCAAGGUUUGGAAAAAUAAAGUUAGUUUUCCACCAUGCUCUGUAUCUCCUUACCUCUAUAAGCUAUGUUUCCAACUCUCCAUCAC